CUUGCGUAAAAAGCAGUUCCUGUGUUUACGACGUAUAACGUUGAAGACUUGUUCUAGUAAAAAAAGGUAUUUAAGUUAUUUGCAAGAACAUCUCUCUAAUAGGCCUAUAUCUUAAAACGUUGUAGUACCCUACCCUACCCUAUCCGAGGACCCCAUUGGAAAUAAGCUGUACAUCGGCUUUCAUGGACAAUCCUAGUUAAAUGAUCAUGACCAAUAUGGACCAAGACAAGGCCAAAGUACUGUUUCGAGAGGGAGCCAUAUUGUUGUUCCUUGGUGUACCAGAAGGUACAGAGUUUGGUAUCGACUACAAUUCCUGGAAAGUUGGAGCUCAGUUCCGGGGUGUGAAAAUGAUACCACCUGGGGUUCACUUUGUUUACUACAGUGCCUGUACCAAAGAAGGGGAAACAGGUCCCAGAACUGGGUUCUUUUACAACUUUAAGCAGAGGGAAAUUGUUGUACGGAAAUGGGACAACCAAUUAGAAGAUAUUGGAGAAAGUGAUGUCAGCCCAGAAGAUAUGCAGCGUUACCAUGACAACACACAGGAAAUGGACAAAUUCCUUGGACCAUAUCCCUACAACAAUUACAAGACCUGGGUGUCCCUUUCUAGCUAUAUUACUGGUGACCUUGCAUGCAGACUCUCUCCAGAAAAAGGGAAGAUUGCGUCUGUGUCAGAAUUUGUCUCUGACAAAAGUACAAGCCAAUCCAGAAAAGAAAACAACGAAAAUAAUGGAAGUUUUAACAAAUCUGGAACUUUCACAUCUGAGGGACCAGUUUCUUUCCAAGAGGCUGAAGACAGACUGCCAGACAUGAAGACAACUCCAGGAACAUCGUUACGAUUCUCAGCAAUCCCAAAAAAUAAAUGUCCACCUGGAAGUUCUCCUGCUGAGAUCACAAAACACAACAUUGACUCCAGUUACACGUUAGAAUACGUACUCCUCACAUAUUGUACUGACAACUCAAAUGACAUUUUGGGAGAAAUUCAAUUUUCAUUCAUCUGUUUUCUGAUUGGUCAGGUAUAUGAUGCGUUUGACCAAUGGAAAAAACUUGUUCAUUUACUGUGCAGUAGUGAGGAUGCAUUGGCCAAACACACAGAUCUGUAUUUAAACUUUAUAACAAUUCUCCAUUUCCAAGUAAAAGAAAUACCUGAAGAUUUCUUUGUUGACAUUGUCUCUCAGGAUAACUUUCUCACUUCCACUUUGAGAGUGUUUUUCGCAAAUAUUGAGUCUUGCCAAGCCAAUGAAGUCCUUCGUAAGAAAGGGCUUAAAUUUCGUGACCACCUUACUCUCAAGUUUAAAUGGGACUUCGUGUCUGUUCCUGAUGAUGACGAACCCGUGGUGGUUUCUCUGGUGGUAUGAUUUUGUAGAAGCUCUCAAAUACAGACAGUGUUGAAAACUUUGUUAUGUCAUCAUUCUUUAAUAGCAAAUAAACAGGAAAUUAUUCAGUUA